GCGCUUUACCCACGUACACGCACACCCACACACACCCUCACAGGCAGACGAACACACACACACGCACACAGAUACAAAUGCGCGCGCGUGCACGCGCUUGAGGGAAAACACUCAGGCGCUCUCUCGAACACACGGCAAAAAUGCCUAGAGAGAGGGGUCCUCAGGGUGAGUGCAGGGCCAGUGCUGGGGGGCUGUGGAGCGCAGAGCUGCCCAUCCCGUGUGCUCUCCGGCGCUUCUUCUUUACCACAGUUUUUACCACGUUUUUAAGACCCACACUGUCUCACCCCCAGUGUCUGGACUUCCAGCCCCCCUUCAAGCCCCCUUUCCACCUGGAGUUCUGCACCCAUUACGAGCAGUUCGGCUGCUGUGACCAGAAGACGGACAACGUCAUAGCGGAGAGGUACUGGGACAUCAUAGACCUGCUGGGUGAUGAGGGGUAUGAGCUGUGCGGAGACCUGCUGAAGGACAUCCUCUGCCAGGAGUGCUCCCCAUACGCAGCACACCUCUAUGAUGCUGAAGAUCCGUACACUCCAGUGCGCCACCUCCCAGGACUGUGCUCCAGUUACUGUUCCAACUUCCACACCAAGUGCCACUCCGCGGUUAAGUACUUGACGGACAGUAAGAUCCUGCAGGAGUCCUGCGAGAAAGACGGCCCACGCUUCUGCAACUUGAUCAACCUGCCUGACCAGGACUAUUGCUACCCCAAUGUCGUCCACAACAACGAGCUGUCCAAUAACCUAGGCAAAGUGACAGAAGACACCAAAGGCUGUCUGCAACUAUGUCUGACAGAAGUGGCCAAUGGGCUGAGGAACCCUGUGCUGAUGCUGCACAGCGGGGAUGGCACCCACCGCAUGUUUGUGGCUGAACAGCUGGGCUUCGUUUGGGUGUUCCUGUGGGACGGCAGUCGCCUGGAGCGGCCCUUCCUGGACAUGAGCGGCGAUGUGCUGACCACAGGGUGGCUGGGUGACGAGAGGGGCUUCCUGGGUCUGGCCUUCCACCCACAAUACAAAACCAAUGGGCGCUUCUUUAUCUACUAUUCCAUUCUAAUUAACAGCAAGCUGGAGAAGAUCCGCAUCAGCGAGAUGAGGGUUUCCCCUCAUGACAUGAACGUGGCAGACCCCCACUCUGAGAGGGUCCUUCUUGAAAUUGAAGAGCCAGCUGCAAACCAUAAUGGUGGACAGCUUUUGUUUGGUCUGGAUGGAUAUCUGUACAUCUUCACUGGAGAUGGUGGAAAAGCAGGGGAUCCUUUUGGAAAGUUUGGAAAUUCCCAAAACAAGUCAGCUUUGUUGGGCAAAGCUCUUCGCAUUGAUGUAGACAGGAGCAGUAAUAACGGAAAGCCCUACCAGAUUCCCCCAGAUAACCCUUUCAUCGGUCAGCCAGAUGCCAGGCCUGAGGUCUAUGCAUAUGGUGUGCGGAACAUGUGGCGUUGCUCAGUGGACAGGGGUGACCCGGUGAGCCGCUAUGGCAGGGGCAGGAUUUUCUGUGGGGAUGUCGGACAGAACAGAUAUGAAGAGAUUGACAUCAUCGAGAAAGGUGGAAACUAUGGCUGGAGGGCGAAGGAAGGCUUUGAAUGCUUCGACGUGAAAUUAUGUCAAAACUCCUCACUGGAUGACAUCCUUCCCAUUCAUGCCUAUGGCCACCAUAUUGGAAAGUCAGUAACUGGAGGCUACGUUUACAGAGGAUGCGAGUCACCCAACCUCAAUGGCCUGUACAUCUUUGGAGAUUUUAUGAGCGGACGAUUGAUGGCUCUAGAGGAGGACAAGAUUAGCGGGAGCUGGAAGGAGAGAAAUGUGUGUAUGGGUGACACUAAGACCUGCUCGUUUCCUGGCCUUAUCAAUCACCACCACAAGUUUAUCAUCUCAUUUGCAGAAGAUGAAGCAGGAGAGCUUUAUUUUCUGGCAACCUCAUACCCAAGUGCAGUGUCUCCAUUUGGAACUAUCUACAAAUUUAUGGACCCCUCCAGGAGAGCACCUCCAGGCAAAUGCAAAAGCAAGCCACUUCCUGUGAAAGUGAAAGGGAAGAAGGUGCCAUUCAUUCCCAGAGAAUUGACCGUCCUGGAUACCAGUGAAGUACCUACAAGACCACCUCUAAAAAGGGUGAAACUUACCACCAGACCACCACUCACCACCCACUCCACCACCCAACCCACAGUGACCACCACAGCCACAUCAAUACAAAAGCCAUUGAAUGCAACAUUUUCAACUAAUUUACCACAAACAAAGAAAGAGAAAAUAUCUUUGUAUAAAACAAAGCCCAACAGAAAAAAGGUCAGCGUAAAAACAGCAAAUAAAGCGACUCCUCAGCAAAAGAUCAAAUCACAAUCCAAGAACACGAUUGAAAAGGAUCCCAAAACCCCUAAUGUUUCCUUGAAAGCCUCAGAUAAAGGACAAAAAACAAAACCCAACAAACAAGUAAAACCAAAAAAACCUACAAAACCAACGAAAAUGGACAAAUCAGCCAUCACGCCACAGAAGACUAAAAAGGCAGGGAAAGGAAGAAUGAAACCCGUGACAUCAAAACCAAAGGUUGCAGGGAAAAAGAAGCCAGCCUCUUGGUCCCAGAAGACUAAAGAGACUAAAGAGACUAAAGAAAAGGGAACAAAGGAAUCUGUCAUUCCUAAACCUAAGCUUAAGGACCCAGACAGGAAUCAGAUCGAGAGCAAAAAGCUGAAGGAAAACUCUCUCAUCAAAAAGAAGAUGAUGUCUUAAUUGCCCAAGGUAUGCACUGCUGGCCCACCUUCACCUAAACUUGAAAUGAACUAAGCCUUAACACAGCUCAUCAAUUCAAUACUGAAGUUACAAAGUGGUGCUGAAAUAGCAGUACUUUGCCACAUAUAUAGCUCCCCAGUCUGUGUGCCAUAUGAGUGCUCUUCAAAUGUUGAUCCUUUUUUGGCAUGUGGUAAGGUAAUUAGUACAGGGCGAUGGUUUUAUUUCAUAUCAGAAGAAAGCUAAAAGGGGAAACUAUAUAUAUGCAGACAAGCAGGAAUGCUCAUGUGCGUUUUUGGAAAACAGGAUUCUUUGAGACUAAAAUAUGCUGUGUUGUAAAAUGUACAAAUUUUAUGACCGUCUUAUGAAGUACGGAAAUAAACUUUUUUUUUUUUAACCAAAAGAAAAUCUUGUUAAACCACAGUGGAAUUGGUAUGUUUUAAAUAAACAACAGUGAAAAUCAAAGAGCAGCAUGCAGAGUGCAUGAUAAGGUAUGAUUGGUGCUGUUUUGCUUUAGCCA